GCGUUGGCGACGCGAAACAUCGACCUUCCACAUGCCAUUUGGUGAGGUGACGAUCACUUUAGAGGACAUUGCGACACUGACCGGCCUAGCGAUCGAUGAUGAUGCCGUCAUAAUAGACAUACCAGACGAGGACUAGUCAGUUACUUGUCUUCGACUGGAUGGAGGAGUUGGCUGACAUGUUGGCAGCAGGGGUUACAGCUUUGGGUUUUAGUGAGCGUUGAUAUCCCGAUCCUACAGUACCUAUUCAGUGGUAUCCUAUUCAUGACCACAACCUAGACAUUUGGCCAGAACGUAGGGUUUCGGCAUCGACCUGAGGAGUGCCACAUCCACAGUUCACGGAGGAGCCCAGGAGCCGUAGACAACGAUGUGAGCAGCGUGACGUACCUCUCCCAGCGAGGAUUUUAGAUCGUCAAUGAGCACAGACCGUUAGGCCUACCACGAGCUUCCAGAUCCAUCCGCCUUCUCAGCCGCAGUCUCAGUCAGGCGCUUAUCAAGGAUUUGAUGCAUGCACUUCUUCGGGGCCUUUUCAGCCACAGUUUCAGCCACAGGAGGAUAGCUUUUAUACACCACAACAUGGUGUGAUGGGGGGCGGAUACAUGGCAUCAGAUACUGAUACUGGAGCAGACACAGAGCCAGACUCCUGGGACACUAUAGAUGGUGAUCAAUUGUUUCGGCAAUUGAUAGAAACCUAUUUUUAGGAUUCUAUCGAUUGGGUUGGGAAAUUGGGGAUUGAUGGAGAUUUUAGAGAUUGAGAAGAGAUUAGGGAUAAAGAUUGUGAAUUUGGGGAAGAACAGACAAGAAUGGUCGGCGGCCAGAUUAGGGGGAGAAGGGAGUUUGAGAGGAUUAUGAGGAUUAUCGAGUCGAUCAACUUUGAUUAUUCUUUCUUGAUUGAUUCUGACUAAAUCCCAAAAUACAUAUUUAUAACGAAAGUCUGGAAAGCCUAAUAGACUAACCUAAUAUGACUCAAUGACUACUAAUCAUAUCUAAUAAUAUCCUAAUUAUAGUAAUUAUGAUAAAACCCGGAAAUUGGGUAUCUAUCAUCCCCUCCACCUUGAGACCAACCUUGCCCUCAAGGUUGAUCGACUCGACCCACUUCAUCACGUCGUCCGUGCGAACCACGGCUUCGCUCCUCCAUCUCUAGUGCUUUCUUUUCUUCCAAUCAUGCUCCAACUCCUUACUGAGGUCUCUUGCACCGAUCUCCUCUCGUUGGCCCCACUCUAUGAAUCGCAUGGGCCCACUAUUUGCCUCUGUGGCAAGUUCAAACGCCAAUAGCUUCCCUUUCGUUGGCAUCAUGAUCCAACAACCUAAUUAAUCACAAUGUACUUGCUUGUGCAAAAAACCAUCAUUAAGUACCAACUCAUCAAGGCUGGCAUACCUCUUUCUCAGAUUCAGCCAAUUAAAUGACUUAAUUGAAUCUUCAAUUGCCUUUGGAAAUUCUUUCUUAAAAUCCUACCAACUGAUGUUUCAAACCCAUCUUUCCUUUUCUCCAUCUCCAUUUUCAAAUCAUAGCCCACGAUGGGCUUAAACCUUGUCUCUUCUAUUGUCGGCCCAAGUUCAUACAAGGGCCUAAGAUUGGUCCAAUCCACUUCUUUACCCUGGUUGGGCUCAUGAGUGAGUGCUCCCACGGCCCGCUUAACCUCAACCCCCAGCCCCAGAAUUGGCCUUCGCGAAACAGAGACCGACCCAUCUGAAGGCUCGAUCCAACUCACACUGCCCAACUGGGAUCGGUUUAGCUGACCAUGCGGAUUGAGGAGGUCGCCUUAGGGUUUGAGACGGCGGCACCGCCACCCUCCUCUGUCUUCUGUUUCCUCAUCGCGCCGCCGCUCGUCGUCGUCUCCUUCCUCCCUUCAUCAUCCGGCGACGCCUCAUUCUCUGCGAUUUCUUCAUCACUCCCACCUCGUCGCUUCUUCUUUUUUCGACAGCCAACCGCUCACUUCGCAGAUCUGGCGAACCCAACCCGCAGCCCGUCGCUUUCUUCUCCUUCCCUUCCAUCGUCGAGUCUUCCUUCACCGGCGGCGAUGGUCUCCUCAGUUGACGGAAGGAUAAACUCAACCCGUCCACCAUCGUCCUCAGCUCCAUUUCCCCGACGACGCGACCCCCACUAUGUUCCACGCUCAUCAUCAUCGUUCCGUCGUUCGGCAUCGCGACGAGCACUGCCGCUAAUCGUCGCGCUCCGCGCGCGAUUCGAAACUCCGUCACCUCUGCGUCGCGUUCACUGUCGAUUCUGGCUUCGGGCUCCGCCCCCGAGUUCAUCCCCAUGGCGAGCGAGUCUCUUUUCAUCUCCACUAGCGACGAGCUCUCAUGCACUGUCUUCUUCACCUCCUUCCAUGGAGACGAACCCCACACUCGAUGGCGGGGUAAACGCGAUCCCGGAGCCGAGAUGGACCGUCUUCAGCGGUGUCUCCUCGUGGGUCGUCGACUGCCGCUCCGUCGUGAUUUGUGCUCCUACCGACAGACCCUGAGAACUUGUCGUUGCUCCGAGCUCGCAUCCCCAGCCGAAGCCGAUCUUCCUCCGCGAUCAUGGUUCUGCUCCCCCGCCGCUCGUCACCGCCUCCUUCUUCCUGACUCUCCAGUUUGGCGGAAGCGGAACAGAGGCUGCUCUCAAACUUCUCUACCUCCCUAACUUCCGAUUGACCUGGUCUCCCUUUACCAUCGCCUCCCUAAUUGAGGUUUCGGGCUCUCUAGCAUUUACAUGUAUUUUCUUCUCCAACACCAUAUCUGAUUCGGCCUUUUUAUUGCAUGAUUCUUCCCUCUCAACCAAUGUUAUUACAGGCUUUGAAACUGUUGUUGGCAGAGGCUGCUGCUUUUUCCUGGUGGCGAUUGGUGGCUCUUCUGUGGCUGGUGGCUCGGUUGUCAAAACCUCUUCCACACUCGGCUGCUCUGCUCGUCUCUCACCAUCGUCGUCCGCAGCCUCCUCCGUGGCUGCUGAUGCGUCAUUUACAGUCACCUUUUUGAAUCCGCCGAUGCCGGUUCUGCAUGGUUAUAAUUUCUUCAAGGCCUGCCAUCAUAUUGUUGUGCUGAACUUUCCUGUUAGCUUCAUAUUUUGCUAGGCUGGCUUGAAGGGCUUCAAUCCCUUGAUAGAAAUUCUGAUAACAAUUCCCUGGUGAGAGUUGUGAUGAACUUAGAUUCGUAACCAGGCUCUGAUACCAGAUGAUAGAAACCUAUUUCUAGGGUUCAAUAGAUUGGGUUGGUAAAUUGGGGAUUGAUGGAGAUUUUAGAGAUAGAGAAGAGAUUAGGGAUAGAGAUUGCGAAUUUGGGGAAGAACAGACAAGAAUGGUCGGCGGCCAGAUUAGGGGGCGAAAGGAGUUUGAGAGGAUUAGGAGAGAUUAGGUUUGAAGAGAUACUUUGAUAAUUCUUUCUUGAUUGAUUCUGACUAAAUCUCAAAGUACAUAUUUAUAACGAAAGACCGGAAAACCUAAUAGACUAACCUAAUAUGACUCAAUGACUACUAACCAUAUCUAAUAAUAUCCUAAUUAUAGUAAUUAUGAUAAGACCCGGAAAUUGGGUUUCUAUCAGCAAUCGCAGUGGUCAUAUGAGCAGUUUCUUCAGGCGCAGCGGAGAGGUGGCGGUGGACCAUUAUAGUUAUCAUGUUCUAAGCUCCAACGAAUUUGAUGUUGGUCCACCCAGUCAUCACAAGAAAUAUUCCUAUCAGCGGCCACCUUCUUGAAUUGCUCAACUUGACAAUCGAACUUCUCCAAGCGUUUUUCUCCGGCUAACAAAAUAAAUAACCACCCGAGUUAGAUAAAUUCAUGAAAAUUAUUAAAUGAAAAUAAUUAAUACAUUAAAAUAAAUAUC